CAGGUUGUGGAAUGCUCACUCUCCUGUCAUCUGUCAUUGCGGCCAUCAGUGGAUUUUUGAUGGGUUAUGAGCUUGCAGUUAUCUCUGGAGCUCUUCUUCAGCUAACUAGCAUCCUAAGCCUUUCGUGCCGACAACAAGAAAUAAUUGUAAGCACAAUUCUUAUUGGUGCCUUGUUAGCUUCAAUAACUGGUGGAAUCCUGAUAGACAAAUAUGGGAGGCGAUUUACCAUUAUGUUGUCAUCUGCUUUCCUAGUUGUGGGCAGUGUGAUUCUGAUCAUUUUUGCCUCCUAUGGACUACUUAUAGUAGGACGGAUUGUGAUAGGGGUUUCUGUUUCUCUUUCUUCAACUGCAACAUGUGUGUAUAUCGCAGAGAUUGCCCCGCAGCACAGAAGAGGUCUGCUUGUGUCUUUAAAUGAACUUAUGAUUGUUACGGGCAUUCUUUUUGCCUACAUUUCUAAUUAUGCUUUUGCUAAUGUUUCUCAUGGCUGGAAGUACAUGUUCGGCCUUGUUAUUCCACUGGGGGUUUUACAAAUAGCUGCUUUAUAUUUUCUUCUGCCCAGUCCUCGUUUUCUGGUUAUGAAAGGUUUUGAUGAAGCUGCUAGUAAAGUACUUGGAAAACUCAGGGCAACUUCGGACACUACCGAAGAACUGACCAUGAUCAAAUCUUCCUUGAAAGAUGAACACCAAUAUCAUUUUCUGGAUUUGUUCCAUUCCAAAGACAACAUGAGAACACGGCUGCUGAUAGGGGUUGGUCUCGUUUUUUUUGUACAAAUAACUGGACAGCCCAACAUCUUGUUUUACACAUCCACUGUUUUGAAAUCAGUUGGAUUCCAGAGCAAUGCAGCAGCUACUUUGGCCUCAACCGGGGUUGGAGUAGUUAAAGUGAUCAGUACGAUACCAGCUAUUUUUUUUGUGGACCACUUAGGAAGCAAGACAUUUCUCUGUAUUGGCUCAUCCCUCAUGUCAGUGUCAUUGAUCACCUUAGGAUUAGUGAUGCAAAAUAUACAUGUGAAUGUCACCACUGUCUGUUUAAACCAAUCUUUGGAAGAGAUUCUGUCUCAAGGAGCAGGAACUGGGACCUUCACUAAUGAAACUUUUAAGGAACGUUUUGCUGGCACGACUUUACCUAUUAAAAGUUCCUCACGGUGGAAGGAUGAAAUUGCUGACCCCGAGUAUCAGAAUGGGACAACAUUGGUGGGAGACCAAACAUUUAUCAGAAUGCAAGCAGAAUCCCAGGUUGCAGUUGAACCGGCCAAGGUGCAACCCUUUUUGAAAUGGAUCUCUUUGGCUAGCUUGCUGGUUUAUGUUGCGGCUUUCUCCAUAGGACUUGGACCAAUGUCGUGGUUGGUAUUAAGUGAAAUAUUUCCUGGAGGGAUCAGAGGAAGAGCAAUUGCUUUCACAUCAAGCGUCAACUGGGGGGUUAAUCUCCUUAUCUCAUCAACAUUUUUGACUGUAACAAACCUACUUGGCUUACCCUGGAUAUGUUACAUUUAUGCCCUAAUGAGCCUAGCAUCAUUAGCUUUCGUCAUUAUCUGUAUACCAGAGACAAAAGGAUAUUCUUUAGAACAAAUAUCCAUGGAACUGGCAAAACA